AUGCGAUGGAGCUCGGACGCGGUGGAGAUGCUCGUGCUCUCCGACGACGGCACUCCGCUCCACCUCGCUGACACGCGGCCGCACGCGCGCGCCACGGCGCCCGCUCUGCCCGCGGCGAUGGAGAACGGCACGCGCUGCGCGCGCCACACGCUCACGCACGGCAGCGCGGGCAAGGUGCUGAUCGGCGGCGCGCUCACGGCGCUCACGGUGCUCACCAUCUGCGGGAACCUGCUGGUGGUCAUCUCGGUGUGCUUCGUGAAGAAGCUGCGGCAGCCCUCCAACUACCUCAUCGUGUCGCUGGCCGUGGCCGACCUGUCCGUGGCGCUCGCCGUCAUGCCCUUCGUGAGCAUCACGGACCUCAUCGGCGGCCAGUGGAUCUUCGGACGGGUCUUCUGCAACGUCUUCAUCGCCAUGGACGUCAUGUGCUGCACCGCCUCCAUCAUGACCCUGUGUGUGAUCAGUAUAGACAGGUACCUCGGCAUCACAAAGCCCCUGACGUAUCCCAUGAGGCAGAGCGGGAGGUGUAUGGCCAAAAUUAUAGUGUCCGUUUGGCUCCUCUCUGCUUCCAUCACUCUGCCCCCUUUGUUCGGCUGGGCGCAGAACGUGAACGACAACAAGGUGUGUCUCAUUAGCCAGGACCUCGGCUACACCGUCUACUCCACCGCCGUGGCGUUCUACAUCCCCAUGUCCGUGAUGCUGAUCAUGUAUCACCGGAUUUACCGGGCGGCCAAGGUGAGCGCGGCCCGGCACAACAUCGUGGGCUUCCCCAAGGCCGAGGAGGAGGUGAGCGUGGACUGCGUCGCCGCCGCCCUCAAGCUGCACCGAGAGGCCGAGGAGUGCGCCAGCUUCUCGCAGCUCCUGCGCGCCGACCGCCGCAACGUCUCCGUGUUCAAGAGGGAGCAGAAGGCGGCCACCACCCUGGGCAUCGUGGUGGGGGCCUUCAGCGUGUGCUGGCUGCCCUUCUUCCUGCUGUCCACGGCGCGGCCGUUCGUCUGCGGGGUGCGCUGCAGCUGCGUCCCGCUGUGGGUGGAGAGGACGCUGCUGUGGCUGGGCUACGCCAACUCGCUCAUCAACCCCUUCAUCUACGCCUUCUUCAACCGCGACCUGAGGACCACCUACCGCAACCUGCUGCGCUGCAGGUACAGGAACAUCAACCGCAAGCUGUCCGCCGCCAGCAUGCAGGAGGCCCUCAAGCUGGCCGAGAGACCUGACCUCAUGCUGUAG